CCCAAAUUUGAGCUGUAGAAGGCUCGUAGCAUGCUCACUCACCCGGCUCGCGCCUAGCCACGACCAAAGCAUGUCGUUGGGGCGAUGCCUGGGCCUGGUGGUGGCGGUGGCCGCGGCGGCCUUGGUGGCCGUACCCCUCUCGAACCUGCGGGUGGGCCCCAGAUGGCAGCGGGUGAUGUUCAACCAGGUGGUCUUGUCCUCGCGGAAGCCUCAGGAGUUGAAGCCGUCGGAGGUGCCGGUCGUGACCAUCUGGUACGGCAAGCCGCCUGUGUGGGAGUACGUGCUGAUGCAGGCCACUGCAGAGGCAAACAGGCUGUUUGUGCUCACCGACGUGCCGGAGAUGAUUGACCGGGGCUCUGCGGGGAACAUUGUUUUUGUGGAUGCCAGGAAGAUGAUCAAAGCCUCAGAUGCUUUUUUUGCCGGAGGAGCCACGCCGGAGAACAACGGCACGUACUACUGGAAAAUGGGCUUCAAGGAGCCAUACGAGACAUGGAACAGCCGCCGCUUCUGGGUACUUUAUGAGUUCAUGAAGCUGUACGAUUUGGAUGUGGUGUUUUUCUCUGAUUCCGACGUUGCUGUUUUGGCAAACGUGACCGAGACGUUCUGGGCACAAUACAAGGAUUGCGACUCUGCAAUUGGUUUCGAAGGGACUGGUCCGUCGAAAGACCAACCGCAGACGUUUAGCUCCUUGCUUUGGACGGGAUGGGCAGGAUCUGGCUACUUGCGACGGCGAGUUCUGAAAGACUGGCUGGACUUUGACUACUCGAUGUACAAAAAGGAGCAUCUUCCAAUCCUGUUUUACAAAAGCAAGAGAAAGCCAUACGUGUGUGACAUGUCUCUGUGGUACCUUUUUGCAGUAGCCACCAACAACUUUCCAGACGCUUGGCCGGAAGUGCAGGCUAUGAACGCGGGGGAGCUUCCCAAGGUGCCUAGAAAUUGGACAUUGUGCAACACCAUCAAUGAGACCAGCGGCAGAUCGCACUUUGAUCAUAAGCAAGGCUUCAACUACUACAAGUUCAGCCUAAACAGCUCAGGCACUGCUACCUACUUCAACCGCGUUCUGAACCAGACCGUGCAACUGCUUUCCCUUCAUUUCCAGGGGCAAACCAAGUCAUGGGCUCCGCGUGUGGUUGCUAAGUAUCUUCCAGGGCUGAAAGUCUGGCCUGGCAACCCCGCAACUACAUCCACCUCCACACGAGCGCCUAGCCCUGUGCCUAGCCCUGUGCCUAGCCCUGUGAGCCCUGUACGGUGGACGGGCAGAGAGGUGCCAGUCGUGACCAUCUGGUACGGCAAGCCGCCUGUGUGGGAGUACGUGCUGAUGCAGGCCACUGCAGAGGCAAACAGGCUGUUUGUGCUCACCGACGUGCCGGAGAUGAUUGACCGGGGCUCUGCGGGGAACAUUGUUUUUGUGGAUGCCAGGCAAAUGAUCAACGCCUCAGAUGCCUUUUUCGCCGGCAAAGCCACGCCGGAGAAUAACGGUACGUACUACUGGAAAAUGGGCUUCAAGGAGCCAUACGAGACCUGGAACAGCCGCCGCUUCUGGGUACUUUAUGAGUUCAUGAAGCUGUACGAUUUGGAUGUGGUGUUUUUCUCUGAUUCCGACGUUGCUGUGUUGGCAAACGUGACUGAGACGUUCUGGGCACAAUACAAGGAUUGCGACUCUGCAAUUGGUUUCGAAGGGACUGGUCCGUCGAAAGACCAACCGCAGACGUUUAGCUCCUUGCUUUGGACGGGAUGGGCAGGAUCUGGCUACUUGCGACGGCGAGUUCUGAAAGACUGGCUGGACUUUGACUACUCGAUGUACAAAAAGGAGCAUCUUCCAAUCCUGUUUUACAAAAGCAAGAGAAAGCCAUACGUGUGUGACAUGUCUCUGUGGUACCUUUUUGCAGUAGCCACCAACAACUUUCCAGACGCUUGGCCGGAAGUGCAAGCUAUGAACGCGGGGGAGCUUCCCAAGGUGCCUAGAAAUUGGACAUUGUGCAACACCAUCAAUGAGACCAGCGGCAGAUCGCACUUUGAUCAUAAGCAAGGCUUCAACUACUACAGGUUCAGCCUAAACAGCUCAGGCACUGCUACCUACUUCAACCGCGUUCGGAACCAGACCGUGCAACUGCUUUCCCUUCAUUUCCAGGGGCAAACCAAGUCAUGGGCUCCGCGUGUGGUUGCUAAGUAUCUUCCAGGGCUGAAAGCCUGGCCCGGGUAAAUGAAAUAAAGACGAAUAAAACUAAAGAACUAAUGAAAUGAU